AUAAUAUAUAGUGUGUUCUCUCUAUCGCAUCGCAUGUGCGGUAUGCCGCCGGCCUUGCCUCGCAUUCCGAUCCAGUCAGCAUCAUGACGAAAGGGUUCCCUCGAAGCUGCCAUUAUCUAGGCAGAGCUCAGUCUGGAUUAGAUCUAACUGUUACGCUAGUACCAAGGAGCCCAGACAUGCCUCGGGGACUACCUGCUCCACCCCAGCAGCAGCAGAAUCGUCUUCUCGACCACGCCCCACUGUGGACAGGAUGAUUCGUGUGAACCAUGCAGGGGAAUUUGGCGCCAACAGAAUAUACGCAGGCCAAAUUUCGGUGCUGGGCGACAGCAGCGUUGGAUCAAGCAUCAAAGUAACACAUGCAGGCCCAGGAGAGGACUCACCUGGAGCUAUUCGAUAAUCUGAUGUCGAGGAGGAGAGUGAGGCCCACUUUAUUCCUGCCUCUGUGGGAUGUUGCUGGAUUUAUUUUAGGUGCUGGCAGUGCAGCUCUUGGCAAAGAAGCCGCAAUGGCUUGUACUGUGGCAGUGGAGGAGGCUGUGGUGGAGCAUUACAAUAGUCAAUUGAGAGAGUUGAUUGCUGAGGGCGGAGUUGAUGAAGAAUUACUCAAGAUGGGGAUGAUGUUUACAGCUUUAAAGGAUGGUGGAACAUUCUCUAGCUGUAGGAUUCCAUUGAAGAUUUGUGUAAUCCAAGUUACAAGCAUGCUGCCACCGAACUUCAAAUGCUCACCAGAAAUCCCGUCUGGGCCAGCAGCUUUCCUAUUUGGCAAUAAGCAAGUGCCGGGAUGAAGAGUUGGAACACAGAGAUGUUGGACUGGAGCAGAAUGCUCAGCUUGCCCCAGGGUACGAGGCUAUGUCAGAGGUGAUCAAGGCUGGCUGCCGAACUGCCAUAUGGAUAUCUGAGAGACUUUAGCUCUGUACAUCAUCUAACUGAAAUUGCACACAUGUCAGGGAAAAGAGCAAACAAUCGGCACACAGCAGAUGGUCUAAAACACUACACUUGGACCAUAAUUACAGUCGAAUCUCGGGCAACAUUGUCUGUCCCUUGUAAAGAUGUGCAUUUAUUGUCUUAUGCGGAAAAAACAAUGGUAUG